AUGUCAGGUUCCUUGCUUGUGCAAGAUGAUGGUACAACCGACCAGUGCAGCAGAUGCAAUAAAUGCAGCGAUAUUAUAGUCAACUGCACUUGCUAUGAUGCCGAACCUGAAUCUGAGCAUGGGCAUGAUGCGAAUGAACCUGGGUUUAACACAUGCCACUACGAGACAGUUGAAUUGGCUUAUAAUUCUAAUUAUGAUGACACCUCAUCUGCAUUCUCAUACUUGUCUACUGUUAGCAACUUCUCAGCUCUUGGACUUGAAUUCGGACCACUCGAUGAAGAGGAAAGAACGAGUGACACGCAGCUGGGGGAACCUGAUAUGUCAGAUGUCUUAACAUCCUACUUUCAUGACGGCAAUAUGACCCCGCCCCCAUCUCCUGAAGCUCAAACCAAUUUAUGGGGCGUCGGCACAAGGGAUAGCUCUGAUUCUGAGAAAGAGCCGUUCGUCCGCACUAGGAAGCUUAAACGUACUUGGGACGAAUACUGUCAAUCCCCAAAGGGAUAUGAGAAGAUGAAAUAG